AUGGCUCCCGUCCCGGAGGCCUAUUUCCCGUCCCUGGACAAGUGCUUCUCCGGGGACGUUCAACUUUUAUCUUGGAGAAGAGCUUUUAUCUACGCCGUUGAUUCCAAAGGCUAUGCUGACGAUGAGGGCAAUAUCGAUGCCUUCCUUUCUCAUCCCGAGAGCAUUCGCCUACUUUCCGACAGUCUAAAACCGUUUCCUCCUCCCUCCACGAAAUCAAAAUCUGAGUUCGAGUCCAAAACUGCCGCCAUUCAUGUCGAGACCAAUGGCAAGAGCUCUUUUGACCUGAAAGAACUCAAAGACGACGCCUUAUGGUUGAGCCAGAAGGCUGGGAUUGAUGAAAUUGCAGCUCUUCGAAUCGCUGUACUGGAAUGGCAACAGCGCCCAGCACAGCGCCUUGCGACCGGGUUCUCUGCCGAGGAAGCGACAAGUCUGCAGAGCGCGGCUGGAACUGAGAACUUCCGUGGCUCUCUAAAUGGACCCAACUUAGCCAGCAUCCUGAAUCAUACCACCAGAAGCGAGGAUGCCAAGUCAUUCGAGAGUGAGAAGAGUAGGCGUUUGCGCCUACGUGAGAUUUACCUCUCCGAGGCAAACCACGUAGUGAAAACGCUUCGCAAGUUACUUGCCUUGUCUCAACACGACGGUCUUUCAGUCGACACACCCACCUCCGCUAGUCCUGAUCGCCAAUCUGCUCUCAAAAAAAUGGGGGCUGCGCUUUUCAAAAACAAGUCGACCGGGGACGAAUUGAACCGAUUUCUCCAGGAUUGCAUUGACUCAAUACGCAGUCGGCUGACCAGUCUAGAAGGAGACAAUGGCUGGCUCAGUGCUAUGGAAAGUAGCGAGGAGCUGGAAGGCCUUUGGAGAACAAGUCUGGUGGAAGAAAUUAUCCAUAUUAUGCAACUGAUGUUCCACCAGCUUCAGCGCUCUGGGGAAAUUCCGAAUGCAGACCUCUUGGUAUCAUGGCUCCAGCUAAUGUCUGAUUAUCGUUUCAUGGAAACUAUCCAAGUGCCUUGUCAGCAGCCGGUGGAAGUCUUGUUGCCUCUUCAAGCUUUUGCAUCACUCACGACAUUAGCUUUUUUGAAACUCCCACUCGCUAUCUCUUCGAUUAGAAGUGGAACCCACAUCAGAUCCGCGAACAAACCUUACUUCUUGUGUAAAGACAAGAUCUCGCAAAUUAACGAGAUCUUUACUGCCGUGGUUGGGGAUAUCAAUACUGCAAAUCCGGCCGCAUUUUCUUGGGGGUUGAUUCUGUAUACCAUGAAAGAGCUGGCAGAUCUUGUGAGAAUUGAGCGAGAACAUGAACAAAGCCAAAAUGCGAGCGACUAUUUCAAUGCGAAUACACAAAAUGCAGGGCCCUCCCACGCAUCAGAGCAAUCACUCUACGAAGAGGUGCUUGAUUGUGCCCGAACUCCGCACAACACCGCCGAAGACGCCAUCGCCAUUCUGACCUCUGAAGUUAUCAGGGAGUCAGCAUUCAGCACUGUUAUCGCUCUUGCUACCAAGACUGGGUCAAUGUCAGCCGUUGACGACGCCUUGACGAGCAGGUGGAUUCGCCUUUCACUCCUUGACCUCGUCCGGGUCUCCACAUUGUAUCUGGACUACUCUCCAGAACUUGUGGAAGCAGUCUUGGCUAUUCUCAGUGAUGACGACAACAGCCUGUCAAGGGACUUGAACUCUCUAGGAUCGGCGACUGAUCCCAAAUCUCUGUUUGCCAAGGACCAGGACUUGAUGGAUGGCAUCUUUCGUAUUGCACGAUCUCGUUUCCCAUAUGAAACAGCGCCAUUUUUGCAACUUUGCCGUGCUCUUGUCAGCGCACACUGUUUGAAUGAAGACGGCCUGCCAUCGAUCCUCGAGGAGUUGGAGAACAUGGAAUCUUUCACGCAGAUUGUAUCGCCCCAUUUCCAAGGCUAUGCAACCAUUCGAGAGGAUGAGAAUGCAGACUAUGUAGCCUUGCUCCAGCCUCUGCCAAUGUUUGAGACCUCAUCGCACAAUCGCCUUCUCGAGCACGAUGCAAACAAUGCUCUCAUUGUCAGUGGAUCUUCUCAGAUUCCUCAGCAAACCAUCGGCCAGGUUGUCUCCGAAUCAAAACCUGCUGUGAUUAAGUGGGAACAUCGGUAUUCCUGCUUGAGCUUCCUAGGAUGUUGGCUUGAGGAAUGGAGUGAGACCGGAUGCCAGUCUCCUGGUUGGACCGAUGAUACUGCCACAGAUAUCAUUGCCCUUUUGACAGACUUGAUCGCGAACUCAAAAACGCAUAGCUCCGAAGAGGCAAGUGGCAAAAGAAUUCUGGAAAUGGCUAGCGAUGGGCUCUCUAAACAAGGUGACAUUAUUUCUGUGGUCUUUGACAUAUUCGAGCGCAACCUGCAGAACAUCGGAUCUCGGGGGGACAUGGGCAAAUCCAUGGAUGCAACCAUGGCAUGCUUGCGCUUUAUCAGGGUCCUCCUCAAAGUCCUUCCUAGCCGAGUGUGGCCUUUCCUCGGACGCAGCAGCUUUAUUGGAUCUGAUGGCAAGGGCGGAAUCAUGACAGCAAUCAUCUCCGCCAUGGAGAUUCCCGCUGGCGAGUAUCCUUUCUUGCUGAGCUGCGUCGAGCUCGUGGAUGCUGUCAUCGACGAUGCGGCAUCUCGAGCGGUGCUACGGAAGAGCCCAGGCAGUGUGGUGAGCAAGUCUACGAUUGCGUCCGAUUGGAGCGCAGGUAUUCCAUCUCACGCCAUGAGGACUAUUCUGCUGAAUUUCACUCGUACAAUGAUUGAAAUUUUCAACAGCAAUGGUAAUUGGAGAUUCAAUCUGCCAGAACAGCGGUCUAAGAUAAAUUCGAUGCUUGCCACAUCUUUCGAGCGUGUUUUGUACUAUGCUUAUGGAAUUAACGACAGCCCAAGGCUUGAAUCCAAGGUUACUGGUGUAUUCUCUACGUCUGCGGCAUACAUCUUGGAUAUGUUGCGCCCUCGGUCAACUGCCGAUUUGCCUUUCAAUCCAAUUUUCCGAUUGAUUGCCGAUGGUCUUCAAACGCCCCCAACACUUCACCUCAGGCAUCUCAUUGUCGUUGAGGAUCAGGUCAAAUCAACACUGAAACUCUGCAUCAAACUUGUACAAGCAGCCCAACUGGCAGAACAACCCGGUUCGCUUUUGGAAGAGCAACUAUUCAAGGCAAGUCCGGUACUUGUCAAGCUCUACGCAUCGCAUGAUGCGUACAAGUUACCAGUUGUGUCACUACUCGAGAUUUUGAUCUCUAGUGCUGCUUCAAGUUCGGACAAUGAGCCCCCCUCCCUUGUUGGUCACCUCGGAGCAGAGUCAUCAUGUCUGUUCCUUGAUGUUCUUUCACAGCUUGACAAGCCGCUAUCCGAUCGGUCUCUUUGCAUUGCAGUAUGGCAAUUGUUAUCCACCUUUGUCAGCAAGCGCCAGCAGUGGCUUGCAGUUUUCAUUCUCACUGGAUCAUCCCCUCGUCAGACUCUCAAGAAAGAAUCGGGCACAGGCGGUCUUAGCAUGCGAAGCGUUCCUUUCCUAGAGAUGGCACUUGAGAUGCUGUCCCACAUUGAUGAACAAGAACCGCAAGUGGCAUUGGCGCUUCUUGAAUUUGUCUCGCGUGCCCAAGAAAAUUGGCCAUGGGCCACUCCUCAUCUGAGCAAGCACCCCAAAUUCUUUACCAGCGUCAUCAAUCAUGUUUCGAAGUUGAAGAUUUCGUCUCUGCCUGUAAUGGACCAAAUCUAUGCCACACGCAUCGCCGCUGUUGUCGCGGAUCUGUGCGCAGUUUACCUACAUUCUGCAAAGGAAAUGGGUGAUCGAAGCUUCAUUAAGACUUUGAUCCCAUUAGUAUCGUGGUACUCCAAGGAUGCAGUUGAAGUGUCGGCUUACAAUUCCUCCUUGCAUGCCAACUUGAAGAAGAACUUCGAGAUGCGUUACUCGGGCUGCAAGAUCGUCGACUUCAAGAGGACACCGCUAGAGGUUCGCUCACUGGGGCGAGAUUACUACUACGACUUGGGCAUGGGAGACAAACUCCUGUCCUACGACUUUGCCUGGGCUGGCACUAAAAACCGUGGGUUCGCCGAGGAAUUCGAGCGCGCGAACAUCAAUCUGUCACUUGUAGAGGCACAGGUUGGUCUUUUGAACAGUUGGAAAUUCUUCGCCAUCGAGCAUUGUGCAGACUUCAUGCCCGAUACCGAAAUUCGAAAGUCCAUGGCACUGGUCGCACAAAGUUGCCUGAAAGCCAAUAUCAGCAGUGGUCCUCCUGAGGCUAUCUUCGCAAGAAUUCAACAGGCGCGUGUUGAUUUCGCCCAAGCGCUUCUCCAACGCCUUGUCGAAGUGAACGCCAGAGGAGCGGAGGUUUUCCAGCUGCUUGAGAUUACCUGGAAAGCAUUGCGCGCCCGUCACCAGACAUAUGAAGAUGCUCUGAUCAAUGAUGACACUGAAUAUUUCCGCUCUCUCCUGAACGUGUUAUUCCUUGCUCUCCAAUUCCAUAUGGACGGCCCCACCCGAAGUGCCCCCGAAGCAAUCAACAAGAGAGCCGAAGUCUCGUCAGAUCUUACAGUCGUCGUGGAAGUCGUCAAGACCGUUGUCGCCCAAGGCUUCAAAUCCCUCACUACCUAUCUUCAUGAUGAACCAGAGAAGUGCGCACCGAAGGAUUUCGCCAUCAUUAUUGCUAUCCUACAGACAGCCUUGCAAGUGAAAAAUGCCGACCGUCUUUAUGAGCACAUCGUAUACCAUAUUGAGGAUAACGAGACCGCUCGCCAUGCUACAACACUCUUCUCCUGGGCCGAUCAAUUAGCCCCGUCAGGUGAUCCAGUAUACGCCGAACUCAGUGUUUCAAUUCUGGUCAAGAUGUCUAGCCUACCUAUGCUUGCGGAGCACAUUGCCGUUGAGGCGGUCUUGAUGAAGCUGUCGACUUGUCGUCUUACAAACCUUCUCACCCAAAAGAAAUCAUUCGGCCCCUUCGACCCUGUUCCUCGAUUGUACACCAUUUGGACCAGUGGUUUCCUUCCUCUAUGUCUCAAUCUGCUCUACAGCGUCAUGCGAACUGCGCCCGAAGUGGCGGCUUUCAUCAAUCAAUUUGAAAGCCGUCUGAUCCGAGCGCAAGAAGCGUUCUCCUCUGGCCAUGCGACAGCCGUCUCCUCCGUACCAGCGUCUAGGUGGAUCAGCCUUGGCAUGGUCUCAGAGGCCUACUCCCUUGCACUGAUCACAUUCAUUCUCGAACGCUUCCGCGUGGCGGGUGCCAGUGCUGGAGUGGAUGCGCAGGCCAUUCAGGAUAUAAAAUGGGACAAGGUACAGGUCAAGGAGGACAUUGAGGAACUUCUCCGUCGCCGACCAGCCCUGCGCGCACGCAUUGUUGCAACAAGUGAGAAGGAAGUGGAAUGGUCCCGUCAGAAACCACUUAACUCGACCUCUGGAGCUGAGAACCGAUUGGAAGAGAAGGUUGUCAAUGAGAUGAAGGCAGCCAUUACCUGCUUGGGUGGAGAGGAUUCAUGA